AUGCCUAACGGGACUUUCUUUCAGUCUGCCUCUACUCCACCGCCACAGAUGACACCUUCGAGCCCUCCUCUUUCUCACACCAGCAGCACCGUCAAAGCAACCACGACAACCGCAACUUCGUCCGACCUGAUUAGCCCUAACGACGCCGCCACGAAACUCGCUGAAGCGAUUGACGACUUUUUGGGUAAUCUGGAGAAAAAGUUCAAGGGAAUCAGUGAUGAGAUAUUGACAAAACUGGACGACAUGGCGGAACGAUGUGAUCGAUUAGAGCAAGAAAUGCUGCUCAGAGAUGCGAGUGCGCUGGAGACUGUUAGGAAGACCCCGACGGGCUCGACGACUGGCUCAGCCUGA